CAUAGUAAGCAAAAUUUUACAUUCAUUUAACAAAAUUAAUGUGCAGAUAAUAUUGAAUAUUGAAUUAUUUUAAAAGAAAUAAAAAAUAAUUAGUAAUUUUUAAAAUAUGUCUUGUGAUGAAAGGGACAUAAAUGAUAUAUUUGAUGAAAUAGUGUUUAUUGAAGAAAAUUUUUCAAAAACAUCUUAUGAAAAAGGUUUUUCGGAUGGUCUUAAGGAAGGAAGUUUUGAAGGAUACCAUUUAGGUUAUAGUAAAGGCAUCGAACUGGGAGAAGAAUUGGGGAGAAUUUAUGGUACAACUGUAGCUUAUAUGCAAUUGGAAAAUUCCGAAAAAACAUUAAAAUCACUGCAAGCAUUAAAAAGUUUAAUAGAUGAGUUCCCUAGAACUAAUGUAGAAACUAUUGAUAUUAUUGAUAAAGUUGAAGAAAUAAGAACCCAAUAUAAAAAAAUUAAAUCAAUUUUGAAAAUAUCGGACAAAGAGGAAAAAAUAAAAGAUUUGACGUUUUAA